AGAAGAGCGAGGAGGCGGAGGCUGUAGCUGUGACUGUGGCCAAGGAGAGCUUAGAACAGACAUGGAUGUUCUCCCAAUGUGCAGCAUCUUCCAGGAACUCCAGAUUGUGCACGACACUGGUUACUUCUCAGCUUUACCAUCUCUGGAGGAAUAUUGGCAACAGACCUGUUUAGAGCUGGAACGAUAUCUUCAAAGUGAACCCUGCUAUGUAUCUGCAUCUGAAAUUAAAUUUGAUAGCCAAGAGGAUCUCUGGACCAAAAUUAUUCUGGCACGGGAGAAAAAGGAGGAAUCUGAACUGAAGAGUACAUGUAUUCCAAAAGAGGACAGUCCUAGUAGCCAGAACUUAGAGACCAACAGUUUGAAUUCUGAUGUAAGCAGUGAGUCUUCAGACAGCUCUGAGGAACUUUCACCUACUACUAAGUUUACCUCUGAUCCUAUAAGUGAUGUUUUAGCCAAUUCAGGAAACUUGAGUUCAUCUGUCACUUCUACUCCCCCUUCUUCUCCUGAGUUGAGCAAGGAAACGUCCUCUCAGCUAUGGAAUUGUAUGCCAGGUGAAUUGCAUUCACCAGGUAAAAUUCGUACCGGUACCAUUGGAAAGACUGCAGAAAAAGGUGCCCCAGUCAAUGGCGACUCUUCACCGGAUGGCCGGAGACGUGUCCAUAGGUGUCACUUCAAUGGUUGCAGGAAAGUUUACACCAAAAGUUCACAUCUGAAAGCACAUCAGCGUACUCAUACAGGAGAAAAGCCUUACCGAUGUUCAUGGGAAGGGUGUGAGUGGCGUUUUGCAAGAAGUGAUGAGUUAACCAGACACUUCAGAAAGCACACUGGUGCCAAGCCUUUUAAAUGUAGUCACUGUGACAGGUGUUUUUCCAGGUCUGACCACCUGGCCCUUCACAUGAAGCGACACCUCUGAAUGGGUCAAGAGGUGAAUCCUGUGGGCUAAGCGGCUUCAAGGUUGAACAGCCUUGAAAGGAGGGAUGCGUGUUCCAGCCAAAGCAUGCCAUUUUGCACCCUACCCAGUUGCCUCCAGGACCUCUCUUUCUUGAAGGUCUUUUGAGGGCUAAUAAGUCACGUAAGAAACGGCAUGGCAACCGUGGUGCGUGAUGUUUGGGGUUUCCUGGACUCAUACACUGGUACCUAACCUUCUGAGUGGCUCCUAAGCCUUUGCCGUGAGCAUGUGCACUGAGAAUGUUAAUGAUUGGGUGACUGUUUGUUACUGAGGAUCUAUUGACGACUGUAUGCUGAGGCACAUUUUUUUCUUCUGGUUGUUUUAUAACUGUAAGAGAAAAAAGUAGUCUGAAUGUUUUGUAUGUGAGGAAUAUACUGCAAGAUGGGACGACCACCAAUCAUUUCCAGGGGGUGGGGGGAGGGGUGUCUGCACCUUUUAGAAGGGAAAAAAUGGAGAGGAGAAGGAAAAGACAAAAAAAAGUCAGGACGCCAGAGUGGAGAUGGGGGAGCCCCCCUUUCCUGUAUGAGAGGAGCUUUAGGUGUCUGAUGCAGCUAUUAAACGUGCAAUGUGUCAAGUAGCUUGUUUUACUUGCUACAGAGCUCAUUUGUAAUCCAUUGUAUAAGCUGUGUAUUUACAAAUAUAACACAACUAUAACUUUUCAUUAUAAUACAAAGGUUAUUGCAUGGUUCUGGGGAACUAUAUGCUUUUCCAUUCUUUAAUCAGGACUGCAGUUUUGAUUCCAGUUAAGAGCAGCUAAAAUACAAUUGGUCUAAUGUUACAUAAUGUAUGGAACCUGAAUAAUUUUUUCGGUUGGGUGGAUAAAACCACUAUAGGUUAGAAACUGAUUUUUCUCAUGCAGCUAAUUUUUCUCUUAUUUAUGCCUUGAGGACUAAUUUCUGGUUUUCUAGCUGUUUAAUGCACUGUUGACCUUAAUAAUGGUGCCUUAUGCAAGUGACCUUCUCUUGCAGGGGGUCUUAUACAGGGGUAUGGGUGAUGCAUGCUUUAUUAAGGCUCCUUUUUCACCUGGCAUUGUACUGUAUCAAAUGUAUGAUGGGUGGUGGUGGUGGGGAAAAAGGCUACUUCCAGGGUCCUCCUUCACAAAGACAAAUAUAGAGAAAAGUCCUUCAUGUCAGUACAGUAUUUGUUUAACUUAGACAAUUUGACUGUGUUACAGUAUAAUGCAUACAGCAAUUGAAUACCUGACAAGUUCUGCCACCUUGAGACUUUUUUUAUAUUGACCUUGCACAACAAUUGUGUAUAUACACACCCCAGCUGUACUUAAUAUGUAACGUUUCAUGCAUAUUAAAGAUACAGAAGUAUUAAAAGAUGUAUUUGCUUAAAAGGCACAAGUUUCACAUCUAUAUAUCUAGCUAUCUGUUGGUAAUACAGAAAGAAACUAUAAUACUUUUUUAAAGUGGGCAGAAAAAUUCUUGUGUAUGUAUAUUUGUGUGUACAGUCUGUGUAUGUGUGUAUAUAUAGAUAAUAUAUAAAUAUUUUUAAAGGAAAAAAAUUGGAACAUGUAGCUAGAAAAUACAACAGCCUGUGAAGAUUCCCCCCACCCUCACCCCACCCCAGUAUGGCCAUAAAGGAGGCAAAGAAAUGAAAGAUACAGCUAUUUAAAAUCUAGCAUUUUUAGAGGCUUUACCUUUAGCAUAACAGUUUACUAAAGGCUUUUUUGGCAUUGAGUCCUUCUCAGACUGCUGACUGGGUUUUGCAGUUAUUGGCUUGUCUGGAAUAGCAUAUCUGUGGCCAUUAAAAUGGCAUGGACUGAAUAUUAGCACACUAAAAGAAUGCUAGCUGGGUUCAGAUGACAUACACUCAGAUUUUGGCCUUCAAGUUUAUUGGAGGAUCUGAAAGUGAGCUAGUUACAGUAGGGGUUGAAUUCUAAUUUUAAAUAGUUCAGCUAAAAUGAAGACAUAAGGCUAUUUUCUCCUAGAUUAGAAAUAGUUUGUCCAAAACUAGUAAACCUUUUUUUAAAACCAGCUCACCAUCCACUGAUGCAGUUAACCAUGUGACUUUUGGGGGUGGGGGGGCGGUGUCUUGCUUACUAUGCUAAUAUUUUGGCAGAUCUUCCAGGAAAUGAGUGUGUAGAUAAGUGGUUUAAAAAAGAAAAGUAUAUGCAAAUUAUCUGGUUCUAAGGCACUCACAGGCCUAAAUCCUCAUUUCAUUUUUGUAUUAAAAUGCCUGAAAAUGCACUUUUUUUUUUUUUGCAAAAACAAAACAACAAAAA